UCACAUCUUCAGAUCGUUUCCAACACUCGGAAUAGUAGUACACCUAAAGAUAAAAAUAUAUAUUUGUUAUAAUGAAAUUCGUAGCAAUUUUUCUGUUUUUUGCCUUAACGGCACUGCAAUGUGAAGGAAAAACGUUUACGAGAUGCGAGCUUGUGGCACAGCUCAGAAGCCAUGGAUUCCCUGAGAACAAGAUGAGAGAUUGGGUUUGUCUCGUGGAGAACGAGAGUGGGCGGAACACGAGCAAGAUAGGAAAGGUCAAUAAGAACGGCUCCAGGGACUACGGCCUGUUCCAGAUCAACGACAAGUACUGGUGCAGCAACACCAGUAGUAAGGGGAAGGACUGCAACGUCACUUGUGCUGAGGUGAGCCAAGACGAUAUAACUAAAGCCGCGACGUGCGCUAAAAAGAUCUUCAAGAGACACGGCUUCAACGCCUGGUACGGAUGGAAGAACCACUGCCAGGGAGCUCUCCCAGACAUCAGUUCCUGUUAGAUGCUAUAAUAUUACUCAAUAUCUGUACUAUCCUCAGUCUAAACACUUGCAUGUUUAUAAGAAUCAUGUACACUGUACACAAAUGUAUAAGAAAUUUAAAAAUAUCUUAAUAAACUAUUAUUUACGUAUAAAUAAAUGAUUGUAAAGA